AUGGCUAGGAUCACUCUCAACAUCAUCUCCCUUUUGUUUGUGGCCUUGGUCGGGCUCAUCGCUGUUCCGCAACCUGCGGCCGCCUAUGACUUCCGUGUGUUGGUGAAAUGGAACCACUCCCAAUACAAAACAGGAGACGAAUUCUGCACAGCUUGGAAGGCAGCAUGCCGAUCCUUUAAGCCAAAGCAGGCCGGCUUUUUCUUCCUGGGUGCCGUCUGCGAACCUGGCGAUUAUAAAGGCAAACAUCCGAACACUGAAGCGAAAGUUACGUGUAUCUUCCAAGUGGCAGAGACCGAGGGAUUAGCGAAAGAGUUGAAUCUCCGUUUCGUCUGA